GCAUUCGUAUUGUAGUUUAUUCGAAUGAAGCAAUACUAAACAACUGAUUGAUCAAAAGAGACGUAAUGAACGUUUUGGACUGCCCAAUUAAUUCUGCACACCAACAAGAACGAAAAGCUGAUUCCCUCAUAAACUAUAAAAAAUACGAAAGAGCUAUUGAAUGCUUAGACAAAGCGAUUUAUUUUAUAGAUCAAGCAUCAGCUAGAACGAAAGUAAGAGACGUCCUAACUUCUUUAAAACUCCAAAAAGAAUCCCUGCAAAGAAGGAAAAGAACUGUUCUUCAAUUAGAUGAAGAGAGCAGACGAUCCUCUUCGCCGUGUUCAAGCACUGGAAGUGAUCAGACAGAUGACGUAAGCGAAGAUGUGUUGCAAACCUUGUACGAUUGUGACACACUAUUAGCUGAGUUAGUACAAAGGCAAGGCUGUACUGUUCCACCAAUAAGACCCCUACCCAAUGGAAUGAAUACCUCUAAAGUAUUGGAAGAGUUACAUAUGCAUAAUGCUGCCCUACAAAAACAUGUCCGAAUGCUAUUAGAUGAAAGUGGUGAGAAGGAUCGACAACUGAAACAUUACAAACUCUUGAAUCAACAACUUGAACAGAAACUGCAUCAAAUGGAUUUAAAAUAA